AAGACAAAGGACGACGGGUGUGACCAUGUUCAGUUUCAGAUCAUAGAAAAGGCAAAACAGGGACAAAAAGUCGGUGCCGUACAGGAGAUCGAGUGCCAAAAGGCUGUGGACUCGAUGCUGUCCAUUGAGAACAAAAUAAGUCCAUUGACUUUCUGUAAGGCAUUCCCGUUUCACUUGGUUUUCGAUAAGAAAUUGGUUGUCCGACAGGCCGGCAUAUCGGUAGCCCGUGUACUGCCGGCGCUGACACAAGCCAACUGUCUGGUGACGGACGUACUCGACAUGAUUAGGCCGCACAUGGAGUUCACAUUCAAUAAUAUUCUGUCGCAUAUAAACACUGUAUUCGUGUUGAGAACCAAAGCCAGUAAUUCCAGUAUUGAUGCCAACACUGAGUUGGCUAAAGAGCACACCAGGUAUGGCACCGGACGGAUGCGAUUAAAGGGUCAGAUGUUAUAUGUGGCCGAAACCGAUUUGGUACUAUUCCUGUGCUCUCCCAGUGUCCUAAAUCUGGAUGACCUCAACCGACGGGGACUGUAUCUGUCGGACAUACCCCUACACGACGCCACCCGAGACUUAGUCCUACUGUCCGAGCAGUUUGAAGCCGAGUAUAAACUGACCAAAAAUCUUGAGAUACUGACCGACAAACUACAGCACACUUAUAGGGAACUGGAGGACGAGAAAAAGAAAACCGAUCGCCUAUUGUACUCAGUAUUGCCACCAUCUGUUGCUAAUGAACUCCGGCACCAGAGACCGGUUCCGGCAAAGAAGUACGAAUGCGUUACCCUUUUGUUCAGUGGUAUCGUCGGCUUCAGCCAGUAUUGCGCCAAGAAUUCAGACUCUAUGGGAGCCAUGAAAAUAGUGCACCUUUUGAACAGCAUUUACACCACUUUUGACGUAUUGACGGAUCCCAAGAAGAAUCCCAACGUUUAUAAAGUGGAAACAAUUGGUGAUAAAUAUAUGGCAGUGUCGGGGCUACCGGAGCCGUGCGAAAGUCACGCCCGAUGUAUAGCGCGACUGGCGUUGGAUAUAAUGGAUUUGUCGAAGAAAGUGAAAACCGAAGAAAUGAACGGAAUUGUAGAAAUAACAAUAGGUAUCCAUUCGGGGGAAGUGGUGACCGGGGUUAUCGGCAAACGGAUGCCCAGAUAUUGUCUGUUUGGCAAUACAGUGAACCUGACGUCCCGGACGGAGACCACGGGAGAAAAGGGCAGAAUUAAUGUCUCGGAGGAGGCCUACGGUUGUCUAAUGGAGAAGCAAAACUCUGAUCCCGAGUUUCACUUUGAAUACAGAGGACCCGUUCAGAUGAAGGGUAGACGCGAUCCCAUGAAAGUGUAUUUCUUGUCCAGAAUUCCCAUCGAGAGUCGGGUCUAACCAUGUUUUCAAAGAUAUAAUCAUUAUAAUGUCAACAAUAAUUACACUGAUCCUUUUCGCACAACUCACUUGUUUCCACUUAAUUGUGAAAAUAUGUUAAACAGUAUUACAUUUGGUGUCUCUCUA